AAUUUUCUUACACAAAUCGGAUUGUGUGUCGUUUUACCAAUAAAAAAACGUAUAACAUCAUCAUUGUGUCACUUGAAAAAAACCAAAAUCACCGGAAUUGUUCUUUCUGGGAACGAAAACAUCGAUGAAUCCCCAAAUUGAAAAGGUGGUGAAGGUAACCAGUGUGGUGGCGACUGCUGUUGUAUCGUACUUCCUCUUAACCGCUGAUUACGGUCCAGAGCCCAACGCUCUUGAUCCUAUCAGACAGAGGAUACUUUCAGCGCAAGAUUCCGUGAAAGAGUUCAUCUUUCCAUCAAAGAAGUCCGACAAGUGACAAUGGACAGUAACAUGUAGCUCAACAUCAGACUUCAUCUUAUAGCGUUUCUGCUAACACACUGUACUCUAGCUUGUAUCCAUUACUCCUCUACACUUGUUAGAUAUGUUCACAAUAAAUGUAAGUCAGAUCAACUGUGAAAGCUGAUAAAUAAAUAUAGAACCAAUACGCUAGUUUGUAUCCAUUACUCCUAAGUAGACAGAAAAUAUUAAAUUGAUUGCGGC